AUGACCGCUACGCGCGCAUUCUUUGCCUUUGUGGUCCUCGCCCUCGUGCCACUCCUCGUCCACGGUGCUGUGCCGUUCCGAGUGUGCGAGGACGCCAAGCAGCAGCAGGUGGCCCAAGGAGGCCGCACCGAAGUCCAGCUCGUCUACAACGAGAACCGUCGCGAGUACUUCUCCGUCCACCUCUUCUACGAGGGUCACGACCAGGCGUCGGUGGUGGGCCAGCGCUUCGACGAGCGCGGCAGCCCUGUGGGCGAGCUCAUCCCCAUCUUCCCCUGGCGCCAAGGCCAGCCGAUCUCGCAGCACAAGAAGCAGUUCCCGGUUGUCGCCUACAACAACAACACCGACAACUACCUCGUUGCCUGGGAGUUCGACUUCAAUGGCAACGGCGUGGAUUGGGACGUGGUGGCGCGAGUUGUAAGUGGCGCGGGCGAGCCCCUCGGCCCCGGCGCCUUCUUCCUGGCCUCGUCGUUCGGUCGCGAGGACUCCCCGCACCUGGCCUUCUCCCCCAAGGACAACAACUUCGUGCUGGUGCACGAGGUGGACGACCGCAUGGGCACGCGCGGCAUCAGCGUGCAGCGCCUGAACGAGACCCACGCCAUCGGGCAGCCCAUCCUCCUCAACACGAGCUACAUCGACAGGGAGCCCUUCCUCGCCUACCACCCGCCCUCCAACGACUUCCUCCUCGUCUGGGACUGGGACCAGAACAACGACAACAAGACGGAGAUCGGCGCCGUGCUGGUGGGAGGCAAUCCCAUCGUGGCGAGGAACUCCGUGCCCAACCUGGUCGGCUCCACCGUCGAGAGCAUCGGAGGCGUCCGCACGCUGGCGCACGACCACGACGCCCAGCUGGCCUAUUCGCCCAAGCAGGACGCCUUCCUCCUCACGUGGGAGGUCGACGGCGACAGCGGUGAGAAGGAGGUGGUCUGCAGCCUCGUCUCAUCCAAGGCCAAGGCCACCGGCAUCUUCAAGGUGGUGGGUAACGCCAGCCACCCGUUCGACCGCAAGCCGACGCCCGUCUACUCGUCCUUCUCCGACGAGUUCUUCAUCGCCUACGAGAGCGGCCCGAAUGCGAAGUCGACGGGCAUCGAGGGCGUGGCCUUUGCGGGCAAGGACCUCUCGGCCGACACGGAUCCCUUCGCGGUGAGCCAGAGCCUCAACAGGGAGCACGCCCCGGCCGUCGCCCUCUCCACCACGUGCGGCAACGUCUUCGCCCUCUGGUCCUCCGAGACCAGCCUCUCCCGCCGCUCCCUCCCCGCCGCCGCCCCCGCCAAGGCCAAGAAGCCCGUGGCCACGUUCGCCCAGGCCACCGCCCACCUGCAGGCCCGCGAGGAGAACAGCGGCCUGACGGUGCGCGCCUACGCCCCGCGCUCCAAGUUCUCGACGGGCCUGCGCGCCGACGAGACCGCCGCGGUCGCCCACGUGUACCUGCCCGCCGACUUCCCCAGCAAGGUGCGCUCCGCCGCCGAAUCCGCCGAUGAUGCCACGGUCGAGCCCCGCAGCUCCACCGCCUCCCUCCAGGCCAUCCGCGUGUGCCUCCCCGGACGGGGUUCGUGCUCGGCUGCGGGCACGCCCCUGCCGGCGCCUUCUGCGUCGCCGGCGCCCACCAAGGACGAGGGCGGCGGCGGCAACGCGAUGGGCAUAGUGCUGGGCCUGCUGGGCGCCGCGGUGGUGCUGGCCGGUCUGGGCGUGGGCGGCUACGUGGGCUGGCGCCGAUUCCCGCAGAUCCGCGAGUGGUGGGAGGCCCGCAGGAGCGGCGCCCACGUCCUGGGCACGUGGGCCGAGGAGAGCGAGUUCUCUAUCUCCGUCGACGCCUUCUCCAACGACGACUCUGGCGGCGCUGCCGACGACGAGGAGCACCACUACCAGCCCAACAACCACACCGCAAGGAAGACAGCCAGCCAGCAGCGACCGUUUUUCAAUAGGAAGUCCAAGGCCUCCACGCCCGCUGCCGCAGCCCCGACCAGCCCCACCACCACCACCACGCCCGACCGGGGCGCGUUCUCGACAGUGCGACUGGGCGAAAACCGGGAAACACAGGAGCAGGUGGCGAUCAAGAUAAUCGAGAAGAAGAGCGUGGUCACGGACAACGCCAAGAAGAACCUCGACCGCGAAAUCCAAAUUCUCACCCGCGUCGACCACCCCAACAUUGUGACGCUGAAGGACAUGUACGACACGGGCGACCGCUUCCUUUUCGUCAUGGAGCUCCUGUUCGAUCGGAUCGUGGAGAAGGGUUCGUACAGCGAGGACGACGCCAAGACGCUCGUGCGGCAGAUUUUGCAGGGCGUGGGCUACCUCCACUCCACCGGCAUCGCCCACCGCGACCUCAAGCCGGAGAAUUUGUUGCUUAAGUCCCGGGAGAGUGACAUGGACAUCAAGAUCGCCGACUUUGGUCUCUCGUCGUUCGUGGAUUCGCAAAAGAUGAUGACCGCCUGCGGCACCCCCGCCUACGUGGCUCCGGAGGUGCUCUCGUCGGGUCAGGGCGGGUACGACAAGGAGGUCGACAUGUGGUCCGUGGGUGUCAUCACCUACAUCCUGCUGUGCGGAUUCGCGCCAUUCCACGGUGAUUCGGUGAAGGAGCUCCUGCGAGUGGUCGUUCGCGCUCAGUUUUCGUUCCCGUCGCCCUACUGGGACCCGAUCUCGCCGCAGGCCAAGGACUUUAUCAGCAAGCUGCUGGUCAAGGAGCCUUCGGAGCGGCUGAGCGCUUCGCAGGCCGUGCAGCACCCGUGGCUCAAGUCGGCGGGCUCCCGCAUCAGCCUGCCCUCGUUCCGCGACCAGAUGCAGAGAUACGUCAUCUCCCGGAAGCGAGAGUCCCAAGAGGCCAUGGAAAAGCUGCUCUUCAACCAAAACCAAGGCUGA